AGCACUUUCAGCCAAUCACAGCACACAUUGGCAUGUUUCCGGAAGCACACACGUGUUUGGUCCUUCACUUCAACGGUGCAGAGACAGUAGCGUUGUGACAAAAAACACAGAUUUUGUGACACUUUAAUACAAUAUCUGCCUUGGGGAGUUAUUUCGGGAUGGUCUGGACAAGCAGAGUUUGUUUCCGGAAGUAUGGCAACUUUGUGGAUAAUAUACGGCUUUAUGUGAGGGGUGGGAGUGGAGGAAUGGGUUUGCCCCGUUUAGGGGGACUUGGGGGAAAUGGUGGAGACAUUUGGGUGGUGGCCAAAAAAGACACUACACUGAAGCAAAUCAAGGACAAGUACCCUAACAAACGAUUCACUGCAGGUGUUGGUUCAAACAGCAGUAUUCAUGCACUGAGAGGGGCUAAAGGAGAGGACAGUCAGGUCUUUGCACCUGUUGGGAUCAGUGUUACAACAGAUGAUGGGAGAAUCUUAGGAGAGUUGAACUGUGAAGGAGACAAACUUUUGGUGGCCAAAGGGGGUCAUGGUGGCUCUCUUCACUCUGGGUUCUUACCAAGUAAAGGUCAAACCAGACAGAUACGUCUGGACCUUAAACUCAUUGCAGAUCUAGGACUUGUAGGGUUUCCCAAUGCAGGCAAAUCCUCCUUGCUGACUGCCUUGUCUCAUGCUAAACCAAGGAUUGCCAGCUACCCCUUUACAACUUUAAGACCUGAAAUUGGAAAGGUGAUGUAUGAUGAUCACAGGCAGGUUUCAGUAGCAGACUUACCAGGACUCAUUGAAGGUGCCCACGUAAAUAAAGGCAUGGGACACAAGUUUCUCAAGCAUUUGGAGAGAACCAAGCAGCUCAUGUUUGUGGUUGACAUCUGUGGGUUUCAGCUAUCUAGUAACACCCCGUUUAGGUCUGCAUUUGAAACCGUGCUGCUAUUAAACAAGGAACUGGAGUUGUAUAAGGAGGAACUUUUAGGGAAGCCAGCGAUCCUGGUCAUAAAUAAGAUGGACCUCCCCGAGGCUCAGGGCCUUCUCCGAGAACUGGAAGCUCACUUAGAGAACCAGGAAGAAUCAAGCCGUCUCUUUCCUGAGGAUGUCAUCCCUAAAAGACUAAUGUGUUUCACACACGUCGUCCCAGUCUCUGCCACAACUGGCCUUGGUCUGCCCUUGCUCAAGUCUCUCAUCCGGCAAUCACUUGAGGAACAGAACAUCAUAGAAACUGAGGGUCAGCGCAGUGAGAGGCUACUUAAGUUGAGAAGGGAGAUUCCCACUUCAUCCAUACCUAGCUGGGGGUUUUCUCAGCCGACCUGAGAUCCCACAGGUUUGGGUAUGGCAGUCCAUAAAUGAUCCUCAGGGAUACUGUUGAACAUUUGCAGACAUGUGAAAUAUGUAAUUAUAUGCAGUUAAAGAGCAUUCAACAGAAAACAAACAGCACAUUUCACUUAAAUCAGUCUUUAUUUUUGGACUAGUAUCUGUGCCUGAUGUGUGUUUUAAUGUUGUAUUCUGACACCAAAAUGCUGACCUUUGUGUCUGGGUAAGCUUUCAUGUAAUGCAUUGCUUGAAGUUGGUUUUAGCUGCUCUCCCAGUCUGAUCAUGCUGGUCUGGUUUGCUGGUUUUAAUAUAUAUAUAUAUAUAUAUAUUGAUCUUAUUCAGUAAACCUUUCUGUUUUUCAAGGUCUUCAUGAUUUGUUCGCAGUAGUUUGUAACAGAAUCAGAGCUGUACUGCCAUCUGCUGAUUUUUCAUGCUGUUUUUUGUAAUGUAGGUGUUUUAUGCCUUCAUUAACUGUUAAAUGCUAGAUUAUUCUGUGCCAGAGUAAUAUCAAGUAAAACACUUGCAAGUUCAAAACUA